CACUCAAGCUAUGACUUGCACUCAUUUGCCCCCACCUCUUUUCCAUCGCAACCAACAACAUUCCUUCAUCCUGAAACUCCUUCCUCAGAAACAAAAGCGGGAAAAGAGAGAGGGCGGCGGAUCAGGAAGAAACACCACACGUUUCUGCGCCUGUGUUUGACUGUUUGUUUAUAUAUAGAGAACAGCAACGAUGUGAUUGUGAUUUGGCCCAGGCUGCAGUCUGUCGCCAUGGUAACAUGCGUAGAAUCAUUGUCAAUGCGCAAUGUUAUGGGAGUUCCCCCCUCAAACAUCAGUGAGUCAUUCGCUGUCCUCUGGGAGAAAAUCACCACCAUCAGCUGAGUGACAAAUGCAUGAGACACCGCCCCACAAAAGUUGAAAUGUGGCUGGUUUGCCUUUGGAUGUGUGUAAAGUAGGCAGGAAGAAAGAAGAGGGAGGGACAGGGAGACAAAGCAGUGGGUAGAGUAGGAGGGGAGACAGAAAGUGAGGAACAGAUUAUGUGAUAAAGGAAGCAAGAGGUUCAGGGGUGUGGACUUAAAAAGAGGGCAGGGUAAAAGUGGGCGGACGAGUAGAUUCUAGUGUUUGUGCAUUUAGACUCUGAGUCUGAAAUUUGUAUCCUAGACAGCAGCAGGAAUUAGACUUGAAGAGACAGACAGCCAUCAAACAUACAGUCAUCAUGCUGAUUCUCCUCGCUGGCAUCUUUGUCCUUCACAUCAUAAGCAUCAUCCUCCUUCUGGUGGCAACCAUUGACAAUGCUUGGUGGAUGACUAAUGACAUGGCCACCGAUAUUUGGGGCCGGUGGACAUACAUGAACGGGGCGUGGAACUACACUGAUCUCCCCACAGGCUCACACUACCCACAAGAUUACCUCCAGGCAGUGCAGGCCAGCUCAGUGCUAGCUUGUAUAUUCUCCAUCCUGGGCAUCUUUGUGUUUGUGGCUCAGCUCUUCACCCUGGAGAAAGGACAGAGGUUCACCAUCACUGGCAUCUUUCAGUUCCUUGCCUGUCUUUGCAUCAUGAUCGCAGCCUCCAUCUACACAGACCGCUUCCACAUCAAUGAGCAGUUUGGCUGGUAUGGUCACAGCUUCGUCCUGGCGUGGAUCUCUUUUGCCUUCACGUUCAUUUCCUCCAUCAUUUACUUUGUGCUACGCAAGAAGACUGCAUGAGAAGAACACUAGAGCUAGCUCAAACCAGCCCAAAAUCUUUGGCUGGAUCUACUCUUUUCAGUGAAAAUCUGGUUUUAGUUACCAAGUGAUAUGUGGCAGAUUCCAGAGGGGUUAGUGUUUAUAUUUGUCUGUUUUUGAUAUCAGUGAAAUCAGAUUUGAGCUGCUAGAGUAUAUUCAGCUAUAGAUAUAGCAGCCCUGUUGAUCCUCUCAAAUACAUAUUGGUGUUUAAUUGAGUCUGCUGCUGUCAGACAGUCAGAGUUUCACAUUUUGUGGAGUGUCUUGGUUAUUUCUGCGGUAAAGGGCAAGCUCAAUAAAUCACAGCUGUAUUUGAGUGGAAUGUUACUUUCAACUCAGAGUUUGGGUUGGACUUCCAGAAGGCAUCUAAGGAUAAAGAAUAUUUUUGUCAUUAACGGGACAAAAAAAUGCCGUAAUGCUUGAAAGAUGCCACAAUAAAUUAAGAUCUAUCAAUAGUUCUGACUUAUAACAGAAGCAGAUUGAAGAGUAAAAUCUGUGGUCUUUAUUUUUUUGUAUUGUAUAUUUACAUCUAGAUAUGAGGAUAUGUUGGAUAAAAAGGGGCGAGUUUAUUAUUUUAGUUUUUCAUUAUUUUAUUGUUAGUUCAUCAACUUUAUUUCUCAUACCAGCUCUGGUCUUACUUUAUGUUACAUGUCACUAAUGAAACAGAGUGUAACCACAAUGUGAUUACAUCAAUGAAGUCUUAAACAUCUAAAAAAUUUAUUCAUAUGUGACAUUUUUGCAGAUUUGUGUGUAAUCUAAUGAUAAGACUAUGCAAUGAUACAAAGUUUAAAAUUAAUAAUAAAAUACAGUUGAGUUUGUUUUGUAAUUAUUUGAGAUUAGGAAGAUUAGUGUAAAAAUACAAUACCAAAUCAUUUACUAUAUACAGUACAAUGGCUCUCAGCCCAGGAACAUUAUUUCAAUGAUAGUUUUUUAAAUAGAUCAGAGUGAUUAAAACCUAAAGUAGUAAGAAUUAAAAUAAAUUUCAGUGAUGACCAUUUUGAGUUACACUCACCUAGUAUGUAUGAAAUACAUAAUAUAACUCACCCUCACAACCUUUCAUAUACUUUCAGUCUUUGUCAAACCAGCACCGUCGUCAUAUGCUGUGACAGAAAGGAAGCUGUCUUGACUCAUAAAGCCUGAGAUAUGACGUGUAAAUAUGCUUUGUAUGUCUAAUGCUGUUUUAUUUUUGCCAAUGUUAUUACUCAUCAUGGAUGACAAUGAUUUUUACAAUAUUAAAACUUGAUUUUAAACUAA